CAUUGUUGGAUUUUAAAUUUUUAAUACAGAGUGAUUACUGUUUGACUUCAGACAUGGAGCUGGACAGGCGGCUGCUGCUGGCUCACUGCACCGCUCACGCCCUGUCGGUCCUGGCGGGCUUGCUGGUGGUCGUCCCGAUGGCUCUCAAUGGCUCUGCUUUCAAAGGCCGCUGCGCACUCUUCUCCACCGGCUACUGGAGGACCGAGAACCGGGCCGAACUGCCGGGGGAGCCGGGAGACGUGUCUCAUCUGGUGGUGCAGCAGUGGGGCCCGCCGGCAGCCUGCCAGUUCGCUACGUUUGUGGGUAUUUUCACGGUGCUGUACGGAGCCGCGCAGGGCUGGAGGUGUCUCUUCUAUCUGCACGGACGGCACGACGACACUCUGUUUUCGUCCUUCCUGACGGUCCUGCUGAGUGUGUGCGUGCUCUUCCUGUCUGGAGGGGCCAGUGUCAUCUUGUCUCUGGGUCUGGUUUCCUGGUGCGACACUGUGACUGAUGCCAACACACGACCUUACAGCUGUGCCGAGUCUCAGUCUGUCCCGCUUUACCUGGAUGUGGACACCUCCUCCUUCUACACGGAGCUCAGUCUGGCACAGGCGUCUCUGUGGUGUGUGACGGCUCUGUGGCUCACACAGUCCAUCCUGGCCUUCCUGAGGCUUUACCACUCACACAGCCAGCACAUCAGCGGGCCUUGUCUGCCCCGGGAGAAGGAUCUGCUGCUGGGUUACAGUCCAUCUGAAUGCUCCUCCUCACCUCUUCCAACAACACCCACUAUCUUCGUCUAACAGGCAGUGAAGUCUUCAAAUUUAUCUCCACACUCUGAAGUUUGUUGCAUUUAGUUUUUUUAUUUUGGUACCUUUCACAAAUGAUCACUUUGUGUAAUGAGCUGAUGUCUGAGCAGGGCCAACAUCGUUCAUUACAUCACACUGCCCUUCCUCAUCCACACCCAACACUUCACUUAGACCCAGUUUGUGCCUCUCGUGCAUGAUUACAUUUGAAAUAUUUUGUUCUUUUCUGAUAAACCCAAAGAUCUCAUCAACAUUCUCAUCAAUAUAACUUUGAAGAUAUUUCCAGGAUCCUCUGAAACUCCUCCAACCAUCUGGGUGAAAAAAUAUUCUGUACAUAUGUUGUGUUUUUUAGUUUUAAAUUAAAAUAAACAAAGUAGCAUAAGCAAAUAUAAUAAUAAUAAAACAGUUUA